CCACCAACAUCACCAAAUUAAAAAGUUAAUUUGGCAACUUUCCAUCAUCAGAAGUCAGAACAAUUCCAUAAUUUUCAUGUCUCGCUCCCUUCGCACUCCCUAUAUAAACCCCCCAUAAACUCCUAAUAUUCUCACUAAAGAAACAACACACAAACUAAAUCAUAUACUUCACAUCAUACACAUUCCCUUCCUUUAAUUUAUUCUGCAUCAGUGAAUUAAUCUUCAGGUCAUAUACCAUGGCUGUGAAAUUCACACAACCACUUAUCAUGCUAGUUAUAACUGUUUCAAUGUUUGCUGUUAGUAUGGCCAACAAGGACUGGUCCUCUGGUUUCAACUACACAGAUUGGUGGUCCAGAUUUGGGAAUCAUCACCACAACAAAACACAACAACAACCGAAACAGAUACUUGUGGGUGGUUCUGAGCAUUGGCACUUCGGUUACAAUUACUCUGAUUGGGCCAUCAAGAGUGCUCCAUUUUACCUUAAUGAUACUCUAGUUUUCAAGUUUGAUGCUCCAAACACCUCUACUUUCCCACACAGUGUUUACAUGUUCAAAGAUAUCUACAGCUUUAUGAAUUGUGACAUUAAAAGAGCUAAGAUGCUGGCGAAUCCUACACAAGGAGCAGGAGAGGGCUUCAUGUUUGUGUUGAAGAAGUGGCAACCUUACUUUUUUGGUUGUGGCGAGCGAAACGGCUUCCACUGCAAUAAUGGGACCAUGAAGUUCGCCGUGAUGCCAAUGCUUCGUCCCUUCUGGUCCUGGCCAUGAAAAAUUGCUGGAGCAAGCCAGCAACAAGCUAUCUCCUAAAAACAUUGUUGUGGCUUGUUAUAGUUUCUAUUUGCACCUAUAUAUGUUUCAAGCUUUUUGGCAAAUAAUUAAGCUUGUCCUUUUUUGGUUGAUUUUGAUGAAUUUAAUAUACUUUUCAAAUUGUAAUGCAAUCCGAUACAUUGUUAAGAGAUUAAUGGAUAUGCUCCGUCUGUGUAAAGAA